ACCUCAGCGAACAGCCACGAUUCAAUACGAACAAAACACUGGCUUUGUGGAGCAUACGCUCGUUAGUUUGCACAGAUGAACAGAAGUUUGAUCUAGAAGAGAUCUUCUUCUUCGGAUCUUCUGCUUCAGUGUGUGUAUUAGUGUGCUGCAGGUGAUGGACUCCUCAGGUGUUUCUCCUGGGCUUCUUCACAUCAAGCUCCUCACACUGGUGCUGAUGCUGGGCUUCAGUCUGCUGUGUGGAUUCAGUCCUGUGUGUGUCACGAGACGAGCCACACGCUUCAGCUCAGAUCCAGGCUCUCGGCAGAGGGUUUUGAGUCUGGCGUCGUGUCUGGCCUGCGGGGUUUUUCUGGCCUCCUGUCUUCUAGAGCUUCUGCCGGACUUUCUGAACCACAUGAGAGACACCUUCAGCCGUCUGCACAUCACCCUCCGCUUCCCACUGUCAGAGUUCCUCCUGGCCAUGGGGUUUCUGCUGGUGUUUGUGCUGGAGCAGAUGCUGCUGGCGUUCAGAGAGCAGACGUGCGAGGCGUCUCUGGAGAAGCAGGCGCUGAUGGACUGUGAGGACCGAGACGCUGUCCACCGCAGCAGGACCGUGGAAGAUGGCCGGAGUCACCUGGGUCUGCGUGUGUUCCUGCUGCUCUUCUGCGUGUGUGUGCGUGCGUUCCUGGAGGGGUUGAGCCUGGGCUCUCGGCGCGAGCGUCUGCUGGAGGAGUGUGUGACGCUGCUGCUCUAUAAGGGCCUGCUGGCCUUCAGUCUGGCUGUGCGUCUGAGCCAUCUCGCUCUGCGCCGGACGCUGCUGUCCGGAGCGCUGCUGCUGUUCUCUGUGGCCUGUCCAGGUGGGAUCGGGAUGGGGAUGGGGAUGGGUCUGGAUGGGACAGAGACCGGGGCUCAGCUGCUGCGCUGCGCCGUCGAGGGUCUGACCGCCGGGAUCUUCCUCAACGUGAGCCUGCUGGGAUCCCUGCGGCAGGAGUCCGGCUCUCCAGGGCAUCGCAUCCAUAAAGUGGCUUUCCUGCUCACCGGCUUCGCUCUGGUCACCGCCGUCCUGUUCUGCAAAGUCUGAAGCAGAAGAAAUGGGGUUUGUAUUUGGAGCUGGCCUCGGUGAUCUGAGACAAAAUAAAGCAAUAAGCUUUAAGAAGCUUCGCGACGUGCCUAACAA